AUGCUGUGCUUUACCCUGAAAGCUUAUUAUUUCUCAUCUGUGACCAUCCACACCCACACAAGCAGGGAAAUACCGGCGAGAUAUAUCAUAACAGUACACAUCCUAGGACGCACUAGCAGGUUCCGUGAGAUCAUCUUGACAACCUGUGGGAUAAUAGGGCGUCUAGAUGCGAACCUGAUAUUCGACAUCCAUGCCCAAUCACCUCCGGGUCAUCAUCGUUCGCUUGUACUUCCCAAUUUCGAGAAGGAUGGCUAUACAAUCUUGCAGUGUUGUGAGCUCACCGGAUACUUCCGUUGCCAGGAUGGAUCGUUUUACGUUUCGGCGAUAACUGAUGGAGAUAACUUUUUACCAUUGCACCUAGUAACAGCAGAUCCUUUCCGGCAUUUUGGCUCGCGUACAAUGAGGAUGGACGACCUAUCCGAGGACGGAUAUUGGUCUGCUAAAGGAACCGCUCAAGUGUAUAAGGAAAUAACAGAGGCAUUCUUCCUCACUAUUAAGGAAUGGUUGUCAGAUCUUGAGAACGCGGGAGGGGAACAGAUGUCCUGGCCGAAACAGGCACGAAGUUCUCUCUAUAAAGGACUAGUCGAAUACCCUUACGAUGGAGCAUAUGGUUCACCUGAAAUGAUUCGGUUUCAGCACAGCCAGCCGCUGUCCGGCGGAUUCCAGCCGUGUUCAUCCGAGGAGAAAUUUUUCAAUAUUCACUUUUUGAAGACCCUGAAAUUCAAUCGAAACGAGAGCAUUUUUCAAACGAAAGUUGACGUUCCGUUGGUCUCCAACAACCUGAACAUAGCUGGUGGACGUAGCUACAUCAGCUAG